AAGAGGGAUGAGCCGGGCGGCUAGGGACACCUGUGAAGCAAGGGCUGGCAGUCGCCGAGUGAAAGCAGCAGGCGGGGCAGCAAGUCCUCGGAGUCCAUCGGAUGCCCUCUUCCUUGGAGGCGAUGGUGAGCGGAGGGCCGGAGUUCGGGGAGAGGGGGGUGGGCUAUGAAGAGGGGCCCGACCUGCUUCAAGGGGUGAAGCCAGGACUCGUGGAAGCAGGAGCCCCCAACGGGGCUGUCCCGGACUCCCUGCCGGAGGUGCGCCUCACCUGGCGCCGCUGGGUCAUCGUCUUCCUCUUCAGCUCCUAUUCCUUCUGCAAUGCUUUCCAAUGGAUCCAGUACGGGAGCAUCAACCUCAUCUUUACCAAGUUCUACGACGUGUCCUCCUUUGCGAUCGACUGGCUCUCCAUGUGCUACAUGAUCGUCUACAUCCCGCUGCUUUUCCCUGUGGCCUGGCUCCUUGACAAGAAGGGUCUGCGCCUCAUUGCCCUGGCCGGCUCUGCUCUCAAUUGCCUGGGGGCCUGGGUGAAGAUCGGCAGCAUGAAACCCAACCUCUUCCCAGUCACUGUCCUGGGGCAGAUCAUCUGCUCGCUGGCUCAAGUCUUCAUCCUGGGCAUGCCCUCCCGCAUUGCUUCGGUCUGGUUUGGGCCCCGCGAGGUCUCCAGUGCCUGUUCAAUUGCUGUCUUUGGCAACCAGCUUGGCAUUGCAGUGGGUUUCCUCCUCCCUCCAAUUCUGGUUCCCAAUGUUCCUGGGAAGGAUGAACUGGCCCACCAUAUUGGCAUCAUGUUUUUUAUGACUGCAGCUGUGGCCACAGCACUCUUCAUCCUUGUUAUCUUUGUGUUCCAAGAAAAGCCUCCAUAUCCUCCAAGCCGGGCUCAGGCCUUGAUCCACUCAGCAGCACAUGAGGAGUAUUCCUAUCUUCAGUCUAUUAUCCGACUGUUUCGCAAUGUCAACUUUGUGCUGCUGAUAGUCACUUAUGGAUUGAACACAGGCUGCUUCUAUGCUAUCUCAACUUUGCUAACCCGCAUGGUGCUGAUGCAUUACCCGGGAGAGGAUCUGAAUGCUGGCAGAAUCGGUCUCACCAUUGUAGUAUCAGGCAUGUUUGGAGCUUUGAUCUCUGGCAUCUGGUUGGACAGAACCAAAACAUAUAAGCAGACCACACUUUUGGUUUAUAUCAUGUCAUUUGUGGGCAUGCUGGUUUACACUUUUACUCUGGACCUAAACCACAUCUGGGUGGUCUUUUUGACUGCAGGUGUUCUGGGUUUUUUCAUGACAGGGUACCUACCACUGGGGUUUGAGUUUGCAGCAGAAUUAACCUAUCCAGAAUCGGAAGGGACGUCAUCAGGCCUCCUUAAUGUAUCUGCACAGAUUUUUGGACUAAUUUUCACCAUUAGCGAAGGACAGAUCAUUGACAACUUUGGAACUCAAGCAGGAAACCUCUUCCUCUGUGUCUUUCUGUUCAUCGGCAUGGUUAUAACUGUUUUCAUCAAACCUGAUCUCCGGAGACAAAAGGCCGACCUGGAUAAUGAACAGACUAAGACAAUGGGCGAAGUACUUCAGAGCAGCUCUCUAUGAGGAAUCAAAAUACCACCCUCCUCUGUUCUCAACUGUACCACCCAUACCUCCAAUUAUAUCUGGCGUGACCCAGCAACCAAGGGCAAGCCUGGAAGCAGCUCAUGUUGUUGAUGAAAGAAAUACCCACGGUUUGAAUCGACCUCAUCUCAGACACCUUCUUUCCCUGGUGUUGCUCAGUAGAAGAGGGCUGAAGGCAGUGGUUGACAUCUCUUGGCAAUUGCAGCCGAAAUAUUGCCUCCAGUGUUGCUUCCAUCAUGUUCACUGUGGACUAAGAUCUGCCAUCUGUUCAUCCUUUUACAAGUCCAGUAGACCUGCAGGAUGGGAUAUGAAAUGGAUCCAGAGGACGAUCCUUGCUCCUUAGGGAGAACCAGAAAGCACUUGCUCUGUGAGCAGCCCUAACUCUUGACUUGCAAGUGGGAAACUUAUUCUAACACAAUAACAGGGGUGAAGGUGGCUGAGGCCUCCUCUUCCUCGAAACUUUCUUGUUGAUGGAGUAUUUUUGUAACCCCAGCCCAGCGGAUUAAAAAAAAUUAAUGGACUACAGUUUUGAAAUAGGAAUAAUUUAUUUUCCCCCAAAUAGUGAUAAAUAUUAUAGAAACGUUAUGUGGUAAUUUAAAAGAAUUAUGUUUGAAAAGCACAUCCUGUCAUAAGUCCACACUAGAGUUGUUUAGCACUACUAAGGCAUUGCUUGUCCACAAUCAGCUGGAAGCAGAAAUACAACAGAGGUUCCACUUGGCACUUAAUACAGCUUAUUAUCUUGGAAUGCUCUUCCCCAUGGCUAAGAGCCUUCUAUAAUCUUUAUCCACAAUUAAAACUGUUCAACAACGGUGCUCUGCAGUGUUAAUUAAAAGAGUGCAAUCUUAAACAUCUUUAGACAACAAGUUCUACAACUCUCAGAGUGCCUGGCCAGUAAAGCUGG